AUGAGUGAGAGUGUGUCUCACGAUGGCAGUGAUGAGGCCUUCGUGGGUCGUGAGUGGGUUUUGGCCAAAAUUGAGCGGACAAUAGACACGAGGACUCCGAUGAAUGUGAGCAGUGGUGUGACGGCUGUGUUCGGGUGCGCCGGAAGUGGCAAAACAUUUCUCUUCAGACAGUUGAUUGAAAUGAAGAAAUUUAAAGAUUAUUUAUUGGCGUUCUUUGAAUGCCAUGAAAAUGAUGACAUAAACCAAUUCAUGGACUCAAUGGAGUCCCAAAUCAAAGACAAACUUCAUUUGGGGAACAAUUUAAACAAUAAUUGCGACGAUAAUGACGCCAACGAUGUGGUGACCAGCGAUGACUUGUUCCGCAAAAGCAUUCUCUUUCCGUUACUCGAAGUGAAGAAUAAGGAGAGGGAAGAGUUCAGACAUAUUAUUGUCAUCGACUCGAUUGACACAAACGCCGAUAUCUGUCAGUUGAUCGCAGAUCACAUGCAUUUGAUGCCCAAAUGGAUUCAUCUAAUAGUGAGCGCUCGACCCAAACGCCGCAAAGGGUUCACCAAAAUGUUCAGCGGUUCCCGAAAGAUAGUGAUCGACGACAUGAGAAAAUUGAAUGUCAUUAACGACAUGAAGACGUUUAUAAUGCAACGAAUUCGGCGAAUAAAUUGUCGUCCGUUGGGAACCACUGGUCGCAAAGCUCUCAACCAAAUCGGCAUCAAAAGCAACGGCUGUUUCCUUUACGUCAAACUCAUAUUAGACUGCUUUGAGCGACAAGUCAUGAGAACCAGUGAAGUGGACUCCAUUGGCGCCACUCUGAAUGGUCUCUAUUUGUUCCUUUGCUCCAAACUCUUCGACACUAAUCCACAGUUUGAACUUCACUACAAGUCUAUUAUAUCGCUAAUCAUUGCAUCGACUGACUCGCAGAUUAGCAGAGAGUCACUGGAAAAGUGUCUUAAUUGGGACAUUGAGUUCUUGGACUCGAGAGUAGAAGAGUUGUCUCUCUAUUCUAUAGUAGAGUUAAGAUGUGAUAAUAGGAUAACAUUAACGCAUACGAGUCUUAUUGAAUGGAUCAGUGAUGUAAAGCACUGUACGAAUCGGUUUUUAUGCGACCAAUCUUUCGGGCAUAUAAUCCAUGCGCUCUGUAAUAGUCUUCCCAACAUAACUGAGCAUCACUUCCAUGUGUUGAACUCAUGUAUCACCGAUUACUCUGUAUAUCACUACGCGCUGUGGCUAUUGCUUGCCGUGGACUCGUCAGUCAAUGUCCAAACUUUAUCUCAAUUGCUCGAAGACUCGCCAAUCAUUGACUUCAUACAGAAGUGUAGGAAAUAUGUGGACGAAAGUCAAUGUAUGUCUCAAUCGCCUUCUAAUUGCAAUUCAAGUUGUGGUAAAUUAAACACAAAUGAUAGCAAUGAUGAAGAGAAACAGAAACUGUACUCAAAUGAAUUCGAUUUAAUAUACGGAAGUCCUCCGAGUGAUAAUGAAUACGAAGAGCUGAUGAGCCAAUUCUCAAGAGCUCUUCUCAAUUGUGAUGUUCCGACGGUUCGGGAUAUUCUGACCAACGAUUCGACAGAUAUGUUGAAUCAAUACAUUAUUAAACAAAAGACUCCACUAUUUUGGGCCGUAAAGAGUGGCAACAUUUCAAUCGUUGAACUUCUCAUUGAAUUUGAAGCCGACGUCAAUUGUGUUUGUGAUAUAGAGAGCGGUUUAACGCCUCUAAUGGUCGCCGUCUCUUCCAAUUCAGUGGAAAUGUGUGAACUCUUGUUGGACAACGACGCCGAUGUCGACGCCUGCGAUACGCUGUCUCGACCGCCAUUAGUUCACGCGAUACUCGACCACUCGUCGCCUCAAAUCAUAGAGUUGUUGCUGUUCUGGGGCGCCCACACCGACUACAUCGACGCCAACGGCUCAUCACUGCUCUGUUUGGCCUCUAAUGAGGCCAAUGGUUGCGUCGAAAGCGUUCGUCUCCUGCUAUCCGUCGGUUGCGAUGAACUCCACAAAGACAACAACGGGAGGACUGCCUUACAUAUGGCCGCAGCCGUCGGCAAUACAGACAUUUUGGAGGCAUUGCUCGACAUCGGAGGCGAGACAUUGCUGUUGUCCAGAGAUAACGACGGAAAGCUCGCUCUACACGACUGCGCGAUCGGCGGUUAUGUAGACGCGGCCCGACUGCUCGUUAGCGACCAAUCGGUAAAUGUGUUGUCACACGACGGCAAGUCUGCGCUCAGACUGUCGGCACUCAACUUAUACUUAGAUUUAAUGACUUUAUUGGUUGAGAACAAUGCGGACAUCAAUUAUGUUGACGCCGAUGGAAGGACUACUGUAUACUGUGUUGCGAGCAGUGCUGCCAAUGAUCUCAAAGUCGUCAAUACUUUACAACAUUUGGUGAAAUUGGGAGCAGAUCUCGAAAUGAAAGAUCUUGAGGGUCGCAGCCCUCUGCACGUGUCCGCCUGGCAGGGCAUCACUCAUGUCGUUAAGACACUCAUCGAUUGCGGCGCCGACAUCAAUGCAGUCGAUAACGAAGGCCGCACCGCACUGCAUAUGUGUGCCUGGAAUGGACACUUGGAAGUGGUCCGUCUCAUGAUAGAGGCCGGCGCUGACCUCAAUCACGUGUCGACCACACAGGGCGCCACCCCUUUGCUCAUAGCUGCACAACAGGCACACAUCGAGACGUGUUCUCUUCUGCUAAACGCCGGGUCCGAUGCCUCGCAUAUAGACUUCUACGGCCGCAAUGCCAGAGAUGUGGCCAACAAUUGCGGAAAUCGGGAUAUCGUUAUACUAUUGGAGUCGCAUAUGAAGAGGACAGAGGAUCAGUGCCCAACCCUCUCGAGUCAUGCGUCCACUGCGGAGACGGCCGCCAUCGGUGACAUCGAAGCCCUGGUCGACAGCUCGCAGUCGCUGGUGAAGGGUUCACGCGAUAGUAGUGUUCACAACAAAAGCCAAAACUCACGCAAACACAAGAAAGUGCUGUCAAUCAGCAAAUUGACAAAACUGUUGCACUAA